AUGGCAAAUAGGACCACAAUAAAGGAAUUCACACUGUUGGGGCUGAAUGCCAACCCUCCACUUGAAGUUAGCCUUUUUCUCCUCCUGCUUGGGACUUAUCUUUUGACAUUAAUAGAAAACACACUGAUUGUUAUUAUCACACUGGUGAAUGUUCAACUCUGUAGCCCAAUGUAUUUCUUCCUCCGACAUUUGGCAUGGGUAGAUAUUGGGUAUAUGAGUACUAUAAUUCCCAAAGCACUGGUCAACAUAGCUACUGGUACUAAGAGCAUCUCUUUAGCUGGUUGCUUCAUACAGGUAUUUCUUUAUUUGGUCCUUGGCACCACUGCGUUCUUCCUACUGGCCACAAUGUCUGUUGAUCGCUACAUAGCCAUCUGCAACCCUCUUCACUACGCAACCAUCAUGAAUCCCCGAAUCUGCUCAUUAUUAGUAUUUUCUUGUUUGGUUGGGGGGUUAUCACUAAUUCUAGUUAUAUCCAUUCCUUUAUUUCUUAUGCCAUUUUGUGGUCCUAAUGUCAUGAAUCAUUUUUUUUGUGACUAUGGACCCCUAAUGAAGCUGGUAUGUGUUGACACCAGCUUCCUAGAAAUGACUUAUUUUGUAGUUGCCAUAUUCAGUCUGCUUGGGACCUUAAAUGUCAACAUUGUCUCUUAUGUCAAAAUCAUUUCCACCAUUCUGCGUAUUCCAUCAGCUACUGGUAGGAAGAAGACCUUCUCCACUUUUGCUUCUCACAUGACCGUGGUCACUAUCACUUACAGCAGUUGUAUUUUCAUGUAUAUCAAGCCAAAAGGCACCAUUGGAUUAGACUACAACAAAAUAGUGGCUCUUCUGAAUACUGUUAUUGCUCCCUUUCUCACCCCAAUCGUCUACUCUUUGAGGAACAGACAACUGCAGGAUGCUUUGAAGGCUGAACUGAGACAAAGGAUUGGUUUUGCAAAAAAAUGA